UCAAUCGUCCGAAAACUGUAAAUAUAGAAAUUUCGUAUAUCAGAGAAGUGAAUUUCAGUGAAUUUUAGGAAAAAAAUCAAAAGAAAUUUAUUGAUCUAUUAACAAAUACUAUCAAACAUAGUAGCAUAUAGUUUUAUUAAAGCAAUAAUUUUUAGUCUACGCUAUUUAAAUUUACAUUCUCGGACAUACGGAUUAUUGGAAUACAGGAAGAAUAUUUUUAUCAGAAGUUAUACGAAUUGUUAAAAUGACUGAAAUGUUUGGCUCUCCACGUGAAGCUGUGAGAGUUAAAGUUAAGAAAUGUGAAACAAGGCAUCAACCAGAGUACAGAAAAUUCAGUGUAGAUCCACAAAUAACUUCGAUUGAAGUACUUCAAAGUAUUCUUAUUAAAGCCUUCGACAUUAAAGGGGAAUUUACGGUUUCGUACCGAGCAAUUGAUGACUAUGGCUCAGAAACAUACUUAUUCCUUCUUUCCGACUGGGACUUGGAUGCCGCAUUUAUCAGUGCUUCAGAACCGUACUUAUAUCUUCAAGUAAACCUGAAACCCUUCGGGGAAUCAGGAGACUGCGAGUGUGAUUGGGAGUCCAAUGGUCAAGAUCUAGUAAUAAGACAACAGGAAUCAGGCUUUCCUUACAAAACACCUAAACUUCCUGGUUUAAUUAUGAAUAAAGUGGAAAAAACAUUUAAUAUGGUUCAGAGAGCUUUAGGAAAUUUGGGAGAAGAAUCUUCUCAACAAAAUAUUCAGCCACCACGACCACCAUUAACUGAUGCAGAAUUUAGACAGUUUCUAGACCCUAUUGGCCAAGUUAUUCAUUCAAAAGAACUACGAGCAGUCAUUUAUUUUGGUGGAAUUGAACCCAGUUUGCGAAAAGUUGUGUGGAAACACAUUUUAAAUGUUUAUCCAGAAGGAAUGUCUGGCCGUGAAAGGAUGGAUUAUAUGAAGAGGAAAGCUCAAGAAUAUUUAAUAUUAAGAGAAAGGUGGAAGGCACUUGUACAGAAAGGCCAAAAUGUUGGAGAUCUCAGUUAUGUCACUAGUAUGGUGAGAAAAGAUGUUUUAAGAACUGAUAGACACCAUAAAUUUUAUGGUGGUUCUGAUGAUAACCAAAAUACUGCUAGUUUAUUUAAUAUUCUAACAACUUACGCACUUAACCAUCCAAGUGUUAGUUAUUGCCAGGGAAUGAGUGAUUUAGCAUCACCCAUUUUAGUUAUAAUGAAAGAUGAAGCUCAAGCUUACAUCUGUCUUUGUGCUCUUAUGAGAAGACUUAAGGAUAAUUUCAUGAUGGAUGGAAUUGCAAUGACAACUAAAUUUACUCACCUAGCUGAAGGUCUUCAAUAUUAUGAUCCUGAUUUUUAUGCUUACUUGAAGUCUCAUCAAGCGGAUGAUUUAUUAUUUUGCUACCGUUGGUUACUACUUGAAAUGAAAAGAGAGUUUGCUUUAGAAGAUGCUUUAAGGAUGUUGGAAGUUUUAUGGGCAGCACUUCCGGCAUCUCCUCCAAAAGGAGAAUUAAGUCUUGCUGAAGUUCCAUUUCCACCUCCUACACCACCACCAAGUCCAAAUGUCAAGCACAUCAGAGAAAAUGCUUAUACGAAAGUUUGUGCGAUAAGGAGACAAAGCUCCUCUGCAAGUAUUGCAAGUGGGAAAAAAAAAAUUCCAAGCAGUGAUGAACAAGUUGAUUCUACAACUGAAAACAGAUCAUCUAAUUCUCAUGAAGUUGAUUUAGAAAAUAUUACAUCAACAAAAAACCGGAAAAACAAUGCAGUCGAUAAACUCUCUAUCAACGAAACUUUAUCCGGAAAAAUAAAACGUACAUCUGAUUCUCUAGAAGCGAAAGUAGAAAAGUUAUUUAAGGAAACUAAACUAACUAGCGAGUCGACAGAGGGUGAAAAAAAAUGUGCAAGAGUUGUAAAAAAUCUCAACGAGUUUCUCAAUUUCACAAGUCUAAAUCGGAGUAAAGUUGGUCCGAGUGAUAAACGAGAACUUCGAAGAGUUUCUAGUGAAAGUGGGGUAAUCAAAGUUGUUAGAGAUGAUGCUGGCUCUCCAGAUGACCCGACAGAUUUUUAUCCAAUGACAACUUCGAUGACAAGAGAAUUGAGAUUAGAAUUAGAAUCACUAGAUCGGCAAGUGUUUGGUCCUUCAUCAUCGAACGAAAAAAGUUUUGAUGAAAUUCCUUCUGAUAGAAACGAGUUUGAUGAACCCGAUAGUGAAACGGAUGUUGAAACAGAGAUGGCAGGAUGUAGUCCAGCAGCUGACGUCUUUGUUUGGGAGAAUCCAUUGCAUUCACUAAAAAAUAAAGAUCCUUUAUUUGCAACCACACCCGAUGAGCAAACAGAGAUAGAAUAUGACGGAGAAAUAUUGGAGGAUCAGAAUGGAGUGAAAUCUGUUACACCGAUAAGACUUUUGAAGCGCACUGCCCGAUCUAAUUCUGCUUCCGAUAGUGAAGGCACAGAUAGUUGGCAUCAAAAUACUGCAGCACCUGAGAGUCCUAUUGUUGGAACUCAAGAGCAAUGUGAAGAAGCUACAGAAUUAACAGCUCUAAUUCCAGCAGGAACAUACGAUGAUCAGCUUACUACUGGAGAUUCUUUACCUCCACCUUCUGAAUUUGGAGGCGGAAAUCCAUUCCUUAUGUUUUUAUGCAUUACGCUGCUUUUGCAGCAUCGAGACUUCAUUAUUCGUAACCAAAUGGAUUACAACGAAAUGGCUAUGCACUUUGAUAAAAUGGUGCGUCGUCAUAACGUCGCCAAGGUACUUAAUCAAGCUAGGCAGCUAUUCGCUGGUUACUUAAGAAGACAUUCAGCACCCGGGCGACCUGAUUACAUUAGUGUUUAAAAAAAUGUAUGAAAAUUUAAAUAAUUGCUCGAUUUAUUGAGUAUUGAAAUAAAAACGUAUCAAGUACUCACAAAAA